CACUUUUCUAUGCAGGAAUGAGGGAAUAUCUUUAGUUUGAAAGCCGUUAAAAUUGAUAUCGAUGAUAUUGAUUUCAUCCGGAAGUAGCACGAGAAAAAGACGAGGUAUGUUAAAAAAGUAAGGAUCCAACUCCUGAUACAUAAGAAGCGGUAGUGAUAGUCAUGUCGAUGCCCUUUUCUCUCUUCCGCAAGUUAAAUAUCCGAUUAUAAGCAGCUUGGCUACCUCUCUUUUCGCUUUACGUUUCCACCUACUACAAAAACUAUAGAGUACAAUGGACUUUAACGACGAGAAUGUGUUUCGAGAUCUUAUAACAGAGUACUUGAUCCACAACUGCUAUAAGAAUACUGCCAAGGCCUUUCUUGGUGAAGUCAAGAAGCUGAACGCUUGCAGUGCCAGUGACAUUGCGUCAACGCCAGUCAAUGGUAAUAACGGAAAUGACAAGCGACGACGGAGCAAUACUACCACUACAACUGAUGCCAUGGACAUUGAUGAGAAUGAUAGCGACGCGAACGACGCUGAUGCAUACACGUGGGCAUUACUGGAUGCACGAAAAGACCUCUAUGAUGCCAUUUUGAGCGGAAACAUACCGCGUGCAUUCGACGUGAUCAAGCAGCACUUUCCUACUCUAGCAAUGCAUGAUCCACAGUAUCCACAGCAAGAGCAACGGACAGAAUCCAUGACCGUCGACCACGAGAACCAGAGCAUGUCACAGUUACAAUACAUACUAUUUAAGCUUCGAUGCCAGCAAUUUGUUGAAAUAGUACGCUCUUCCGAUGAAGUUGAGGCCAUCCGUUUCGCACAAACACACCUCAGACCGAAUAACAAAGAGUUUCAAGAUCUCACAAACGAGGUGGCAUCGCUCAUCGCUUAUCGUGAUCCUCACAAUUCAAAGUCGAGUCAUUUGCUGAGUCAAGAACGUCGGCUCCAGCUGGCAGAUGAAGUCAACACAGUGGUAUUAUCGCUAUCUAAUCUCAGAAAUGAAUCAUCAUUUGAACGAUUGUAUAAGCAAAAUGAAUUGAUCGAAAGCGAACUGGCAAAAUACAAAAACGAUGGAUUGACAAGUGCUGAAAAACCAGAUCAAGAAAGGAUGGGAAUGUAGAGAAACAGAAUGGCAAAUCACAACUCUCCCCUCUCCCAUGUCUUAUCGCUUUUUUCAUUCUGUAUCUAAUACCAUGACAUGUUCAACUUAUUCACGGGCACACACACACACACACACACACAUACAAUGCACACGUCUACCUAUUACCCACCCUACCCUUGAACCAUCCUCAUCAAUACACGACAA